GGCUAUUACCGAUCCGGGGAUUACUCCAGCUCCUCUGUACAUGUAAAUAAGUACCAGUGGUGACAGUAGCAGUUGCCAUGUUUAAUGGUGCAAUGUUCGCUCAGGCUACGUAGUCCACCCGAAAAAGCUCAAUAUCACCAUCAGAGACGUAAAUACGUUCAUCGAUUCGUUGGAUUUUCCACUGCAAUCAAUUUUUAGUCAUCUUAACAUGACCCUCCAAUUAUUCCGAUAAAAAUUCUGGAAAAGCUGGUAUUUGUUCUCAGAAAUUAAAAAAAGAACCAAUUACAAUAUUUUGGAGGUGCAAAAAUUGCAAAAUGUCGAAGUACGAGGUAAAGGAAGGGUGUGACCUGGAGGCGCAGCGGGAUGUCACUCUAACGAGCUACAAUAGGUCGCUGGUCGACGAUUUGGGACUGUUCAAGGAGAUCAACGGAAAGAGCUCGGACGACAGGCUCAAUGGAAUGGACAUCGGUCGGGACAAACUGGAUGAGGUGCAGGGGAGUGGCGUUGCAGGCCUGGUUGAAGUGCCCGUGGACGAGAAGCGUCACUCUGGAUGCACCGGGUGUGCCGGCUGGCUGAACGACAAGAUUCAGCGUAUAUGCCGGAAAAAGCUAUUCUACAAGAGGAUACCCAUACUCGACUGGCUGCCGAAUUAUCGGAACGAGUACGUGGUCAGCGACAUGGUUGCCGGUCUCACCGUCGGCCUCACCGUCAUACCGCAAGCCAUAGCCUACGCUAACGUUGCCGAUCUGCCGCUUCAGUACGGCCUGUACUCGUCGUUCAUGGCCUGUUUCGUGUACACGAUUUUCGGCUCGUGCAAAGACGUACCGGUCGGGCCCACGGCCAUUGCCGCCAUCAUGACGCAUGAGACCUUGGAAAAGUCGCACUUGGGUCCGGAGUUUGCGGUUUUCCUGACCUUCGUCUCCGGGUGUGUUUCCUUGCUGAUGGGUGUUCUGCAGCUAGGAUUCCUCAUAGACUUCAUCUCUGGGCCAGUAUCGGUGGGCUUCACCUCGGCUGCAGCCAUAAUAAUAGCAACGAGCCAAGUAAAAGACAUCCUGGGGAUCAAAGCUAGUGGCAGCAAGUUCAUUCAGGUCUGGAGCAACGUCUUUGAGCACAUUGGCGAAACGAGGCUCUGGGACGCGGUUCUUGGUCUAGUCUGCAUGGUCGUCUUACUGCUACUGAGGAAAGCCAAGGACAUCCCGGUGGCUUCCAGCGAGCGCAAGCAGCCUACCUGCCUGGAGCGCGUGCUGGAGAAGUUCCUCUGGUUCAUAUCGACGGCCCGCAACAUCCUGGUGGUCGUCUCGUGCGCCGUGGCCUGUUACCUCCUCGAGCAGCACUUGGGCAGUUCGCCGGUCGUCCUCACCGGGCACGUCAAGCAGGGCCUGCCCGGCAUCGAGCCGCCACCGUUUUCGGCCCGCGUCGGCAACGAGACCCUCCACUUUUUCGACAUGCUGGGCGCCAUGGGCUCCGGCUGUCUCGUCGUGCCCCUGCUCAGCAUCCUCGAGACCAUCGCCAUCGCCAAGGCCUUCCCCGAUGACAAGCCGAUCGACGCCACGCAGGAGAUGCUCGCGGUGGGCGUGUGCAACGUCGUCUCGGCGUUCGUGUCGUCGAUGCCGGUCAGCGGGGGUCUCAGCCGUGGGGCGGUCAAUCACUCGUCGGGGGUCAGGACCACCCUAGGCGGCGUCUACACCGGGAUACUCGUGCUCAUGUCCCUGCAGUUUCUCACCCCGUAUCUCAAUUACAUUCCCAAGGCCGCGCUGGCAGCCGUUAUCAUAGCCGCGGUUGUUUUCAUGGUCGAGAUACAGGUCAUCAAGCCCAUGUGGCGCACCAAAAAAAUCGAUUUAGUUCCUGCUGGCGUCACGUUCUUAAGCUGCUUAUUCAUAAGGCUGGAGUUCGGCAUCGUCAUCGGCAUAGUCACAAAUCUACUUUUCAUACUCUACGGCACGGCCAGACCUUCCAUAAGAUUCAGCAAAGCCACAAGCUUGGGUGGUCUCGAGUACCUGGAGAUCACGCCCGACCGUAGCCUGGUCUUCCCGAGCGUCGAAUACGUCAGAUCGAUGAUCAGCAAGCAGGGCUCGAAGCAGGGCACUGCCGUCCCCGUGGUCAUCGAUUCCACUCACAUACAAGCCGCCGAUUUCACCGCAGCUAAGGGUAUCAAAAGUCUUAUCGAAGAUUUUGCAAGAAGGGGCCAACCGCUCAUAUUUUACAACUUAAAACCCAGCGUUUUCACGAUCUUCCAAGGCGUCAAACCGAUCGAUUUGCGAUGCUGUUUCAGUGAAAUCGAGCUGGACAACUAUCUUAGAGAAUUCGUAAACAGUUCGGCACAUGCUGUCACCCGGCAUUAGGCAUAACUCGGCGUGGAUCUCGAAAACAAAUUACAGUAUUAUACGUCAUUCUUGACAGUGCAUAUAUGAUGGAUUUCUCGCGAGGGAAUGACGAAUGACAGGAAUAAGAACCCACGAUCUCAGUUUAUUUGAUUUCUUUGUACUUUCUAAACAAUAAAAGCACAGAGUGCCAUUGCCUUGCGCCUCCCAAAAUGGUGACGGUAUAGAAAUUUGGCAUAUUCCACUGUAUCUGCAAAAUAUUGAAUUACGUUACAAUUAUUAGCCACGUUUAAAAAAAAAAAAGACCAUUUUUUACCUAGCCCCACCGAAAGUAGUACUUUUGUUCUCUAUGUGAGGACCAUUUUCGGUCGAAUGGGUCUAAAAGAUGGCAAUACCCUUUACGAGAGCAAAAAAAAAAAAAAAAGUCUCAUAUCGCACACUUGUAUUAAACGUGAGGUGUAAAACAUUUUUACUUUGGCUUCUUAGAUGUAUAACGUACCAUUGUUUUAGUAUUAGCUACUAUGAAUAUCGUCAGUAUAAUUAUUAAAUAAACAUUUUAAAAAUUGA